AUGGGUAGUUCGAGGAGGUCCACGCCCGACAACCUACAACAUCCAGAAGGAAUCAGCUCCGCUAUCCUGCCUGGCAGCAACGCUCUCACUACCAUGGGUAGUUCGAGGAUGUCCACGCCCGGCAACCUACAACAUCCAGAAGGAAUCAGCUCCGCUAUCCUGCCUGGCAGCAACGCUCUCACUACCAUGGGUAGUUCGAGGAUGUCCACGCCCGGCAACCUACAACAUCAAGAAGGAAUCAGCUCCGCUAUCCUGCCUGGCAACAACGCUCUCACUACCACGGGUAGUUCGAGGAUGUCCAUGCCCAACAACCCCUACAACAUCAAGAAGGAAUCAGCUCCGCUAUCCUGCCUAGCAGCAACGCGGUGGUACGCCAAUCCAUGUUAA